AUGGAUCUUACAAGUAACAGUAUAAUAGGUGAUAUUCCAAAUUCAUUAGGUUCUCUAUCAAAACUUGAGUUAUUGCACCUCCAUGACAACAAAUUUGAGGGUGGUCUCCCAGUGUCUUUACAAAAGUUGAAAAACUUGGUGACAAUGGAUUUGGGAAACAAUUAUUUGACGGGUAAUAUCCCUUUUUGGAUUGGAAAAAAGCUAUCAAAGCUUAAAAUCUUGAAUCUCCAAUCAAAUAUGUUCAUGGGUAUGUUUCCACCGGAACUAUGUCAAAUUAAAACCCUUCAACAUUUAAACCUGGCAGAUAAUAAGAUAACCGGAAAUAUCCCUCGUUGCCUUUGUAAUUUAACUGGUAUGAUCAAGCGUGACGCCAAGUUAGACUACAAUAGUUAUGGCUAUAUCUAUACAGAAAGUAUUGAAGCUUGCAUAAAGGGCAUUCAACAAAAGUACACCAGCACACUUCCGUAUCUUAUAUCCUUAGACCUUUCAAGCAACAAAAUUGUUGGUGAAAUUCCUGAUGUGUUGAUGAACCUUGAAGCAUUGACAAAUUUGAAUCUUUCGAGAAACGAACUAAGUGGACACAUUCCUACAAUUAUCGGAAAUCUAAAGUCAAUGGAAUCUUUAGAUUUGUCGAUGAACAACCUGUCUGGUCGGGUUCCUCCAAGUUUAGCUAGUGUGAAUACUCUAGGCUAUUUGAAUCUAUCAUUCAAUAAAUUAUCCGGUCCAUUACCAAUCGGAAAUCAUUUUCAGACUUUUGAUAAUCCAUCUAUAUAUGAAGGGAACAAUAGACUAUGUGGAUUCCCACUUCUAAGUUGCAAAGGCAAUUUACCAUACACUCACGUUGGUGAUGAUAAAGUUGUCAAUAGCUCACAAGGUUUCUCGUGGUUUUAUGUUGGUAUCGUUUCAGGAUUUGUUGUGGGUUUCAUGGGACUUAUUGUUAGCUUGCUAUAUAUUAAAGUUUGGAGGGAAACUUACUUUGAAAUGAUAGAAAAUGUUUGUGUUUUUCUAAUUGUUUCAAUUGUAGUGACUUUUGCUCGACUAAGGAGGAGGUGUUUCCAGUGA